AUGACAAUGAUUGUGAAGAGCAAUGCAUACAAUGACAAUGUUUCUUUGUGUGGGAAAAUGAUGAUACAAUUAUUUGGGAAAGCUCUGGCAGAAAAGACGGCAGAGUUGAUUGUAGUAGAUUACAUGGGAAGGAGCGACAUGGACAACAUGCAAUCCCUGAAAAGGAAUUGGCAAGAAUUGAGCUGCAAAGCAUCUGACAUAGAAGAGGAAGUGCAUAGAGAAGAAAUGUCAGGUAAAAAGAAAAGGAAACGUGAAGUUGACAGUUGGUUGAAGAACGUUAAGAAUUUAAGUCCUGAAAUCGAUGCAUUGGAAACAAGAGGAUCAUCUUGGAGGCUUCCACUAAAGGAGGAUCCUGUAGGAAAGCUGCAACUUCAGGUGAAAGAACUUGUUGAUCAGAGCCGUCAUUUCGAUGGGCUUGUGCUCGAUAAUUAUGACAACAUCGGGGAGCCAUGGCUGCCAACCAAAUUGUUUGGAGUAAAGUUCGAGGAAGCUAAGCAGAGAAUUUGGCCAUGCUUGGUGACUGAUGAUAUAUCAAGCAUUGGGAUUUAUGGUAUGGGUGGAGUUGGUAAGACCACACUGGCAAAGCACAUUGAGUACCAGCUCUCAGAAAAACCCAGUUACCAAGUGCUUUGGGUUACAGUAUCUCAAGACUUCAGUGUCACCAGUUUGCAGGAUAAGAUUGCUAAUGUCUUAGGCAUUACUCUAUCAAAUAGGGAUGAGGAAGACGCCAGGGCAAGAAUAUUGCGUGGGGCAUUCAGCAAAAUGAAGAGAUUGGUAGUGCUCAUAUUGGAUGAUGUUUGGGAAGAGUUUUGUUUAGACAGGGUAGGGAUUCCUCUUCAUCCAAACAAGUGCAGAUUGAUUUUGACUACUCGCUCACUGGAAGUGUGCAACAGGAUACAAUGUCAAAGAAAGUUUGAUUUGCAAACUUUGGACCCAAAAGAAGCUUGGGAUUUGUUCAAGUAUAAACUUGGCAGCGAGCCCUUGCUUCAAGGAGAUUUGGAAAGUAUUGCCAAGUCCAUUGUGGAAGAGUGUGAUGGUUUGCCUCUUGGCAUUAUCACAGUGGCUGGAAGCAUGAGAGGUGUGAGAGACAUUUGUGAGUGGAGAAAUGCAUUGAAACAAUUGAAAACAUGUUCAAUAGGCUAUCAUGAGAUGGAACGAGAUGUGUUUCGCAUCCUGGAAUGGAGUUUCAAUCGCCUGAAUAAAUGUGAAAAGAAUUGCUUCUUGUAUUGCUGUCUUUAUCCGGAAGAUAGUGAUAUAAAAAGAAAGGAACUAAUAGACCUGUUUAUUGGGGCAGAGCUGAUGUCAAAACGGGAAUCAUGGUCAGAAGAAUUUGAUCAAGGUCACACAAUAUUAAACAAACUGAUUAGAGUUUUCACAGGGGAUGACUGUGUGAAGAUGCAUGAUUUGGUCAGAGACAUGGCAUUAAGGAUCACGCAUGGAAACUCCAAACCAGAGAGCAGCAGAGAUGAUGUACCACGGUUCUUGGUGAAAAGCUUAGGACGGAGUGAUUCAAAAGUAAUGCUGGAACAAAAAGAAUGGACAGAAGAUCUCCAUGCAGUUUCCUUCUAUGCACAAUACUUUUUUAGAAUAAUAGAAAUUCCACCAGCCUGGUCACCAAAUUGUCCUAAGCUCUCAACCUUGCUUCUUUCUGGUGUUUUCAUAAAAGAAAUCCCAGAUUCAUUCUUUCAGCACAUGUGUGGACUUAAAGUUUUGAAUCUAUCUCGGUGCAGAGAUAUAACAGAGUUGCCUAAUUCUGUUUCAAACUUGGUGGAUCUCACUGCUUUGAUUUUGGGGGGUCGUGGGGGCGUCCGAUCUGUGCCACCAUUGGGAAAGCUCAAGCAAAUGAGGGAUUUGGACCUAUCCUCCACUCAGAUUCAGGAUUUGCCUCAAGAUUUGGAGUCAUUGGUUAAUCUCGAAAGGCUCAACUUGAAGGAUUGUCAUGACCUCCGAUUUGUGCCACCACUGGGAAAGCUCAAGCAAUUGAGGGAAUUGGAUCUAUCAUCGACAAAGAUUGAGGAUUUACCUGAAGGUUGGGAGUCACUGGUCAACCUCGAAAGGCUUAACUUGGACGAGUGUGGGGCUUUAAGUCAAAAGAUAAUACCAAAAGGGGCAUUUUCCCAAUUGCACCGUCUUCAAUGGCUAGCAUUGCCACCCUGUGGUGGGGUAAAAGUUAAUGAUCCAGAAGUGUUGAACCAGUUAGAAAGUUUUAAAGGAUGUUUGUCUUUUACGGACUUCUAUAAAAUUACGCGGUGGCCAAAAUAUUAUAAUUAUGUUUAUAUCAGUGACAUCUUACCUGAGGAUCCGAGUUAUGGCUUUUUACCUGAGGACCAGCAACAAUUGAAUUUCUAUCAGUGUAAGCUUGGUAGAGGAAAGAACAACCUGCCAGAUGAUAUGAAAAGUCUGAUAAUCCAGUUUUGUGAGGGCAUGGGCAUUAGGUGCUUGUCAGAUGUUUUUAAGAAUUUUAUAAAUUUAAGCCACUUAUCUGAAUUGGAAAUCAAGGAUUCGGUUGGAAUAGAGUUCCUCUGGCAAUUGUCCUCUGCUGCUCCACGUGAUCAGUUGGAAGUCUCGUCUUUUAGUCCACUCUGUCAUCUCGAUUGGCUACGCCUCUACAGGUUGCCAAAUCUGGUUGGUCUUUUUUACGCAGAAUCAGAACCAUAUUUGCUUCCAGCUGGCACAUUUUCUUCCCUUAGAGAGUUGUGGGUUUCUGACUGUGACAACAUGAAGCAGCUAUUCACAGUGCAGUUGCUGCAGAACCUUCAAAAUCUUGAAAAAGUAGACGUUGACGAUUGUGAAGGACUGGAGGAGAUAGCAGCAGAUGGCAAUGGAGUAGGACAAGGAGGAGGAGAAGGCACCCAAUUGACUUCAAGUGAAGGAGUCACCGCCACUGUCACCCUUCCGAAAUUGAGGCGGUUGUGUCUGACUAGGCUGCACAACUGA